UCGGUUAAAGAGUGAAGCCGGGCUUAUCUUGAUGUAGGUGGAAACUGCUCUCUGAGUGACCUGGCAUUUCACCCACGGCCUCUUUACAACCUCAGCACGUCCACACAGACGCCUGUGUUCGCGGAAAUGACCGAAAGGUUUAACUUUCCCAGAAUUUGGCAAGAAAAUAAAAACAGAGUCCCUCAUUUUGGCUGUGUCGUGUACUAACAGCGACCGUGAAAGGUGUCCUCGUAUGUGGCUUCUCAGACAGUUCUUUGGGACACAAUGACAAGGCAGCAGUGAGAAGGAGUUUGCUUGGCUUGUGGCUCUGAACUUGCAGUUUGCUGGACUCCAUGGACACUUUUUUCUGACUGAGAGAAGGAGACACAGGACAGUAACCAUGCUGCAGCAGAUUUUAAAGGACAUGUACAUCGAGCCGGAGCUGCUGGCGGAGCUGAAUGAGGAGCAGAAGCAGGUGCUGUUCUUUAAAAUGAGAGAAGAGCAGGUCCGGAGAUGGAAAGAAAGAGAGGCACGACUUGAGAAAGAGGAAGCUGGGAGAGGGAAACCUAAAAAAGCAUCCAAGAAGUCGGUGUCGUGGCUGAAGAGUUCGGACAGUGAUGUGUGGGUAUGGGUGAUGGGGGAGCACCCUGACGAUAAGCCCUACGACCAGAUUUGUGAUGAGAUCAUGGUGGAGAGAGCAGCCCUGCAGGCCCAGAAGGAAGCAGAAGAGCUAAGAGCUAAAAAAGAGGCUGAAUUGGAGAAGCGUUUCUCUGGCUUGUAUUUGGAGCAGGAGGAGGCAGCCAGAAAGGAGGAGGCCCGAAAGGCAGCUGCCCUGGAGCAGAGCAGGCAGGAAGAGCUCAAGAAGCGAGAGGAGGAGGAGAGGAGGAAGGCUGAGGAGGAGGUAAGGAGGCUGAAGGAGGAGAGGGAGCAGCAGAUCUACAUGGAUCUGAAAAAGGUGUCCCGCCAGGACAAGGAGGAGAAAGCCUGGCAGGAUUCAUUGAGAAGAUCCAAAGCAGCUGACCAGCGCAGGCGUUCCCUGGCCAAACAGACGAGAGAGGACCACCGCAGGCGUUCAGUAAAGGCACUGGAGAGAGGGAAAGUGGCAGCCAUGAUGAAGGCUUUUGUACUAGAGGAAUCUGGCCCACCUCCCAAACCCAAACCCAGGAACCUCACCCUUACCAGCGAACCCAUUAACCAGAGUCCAGGUAUGCGCCGCUCGCUGUCAUGCUCCAGCCGGGAGGAAAUCAUCCGCUGGUUCAGAGAGGAGCAGUUGUCUCUCAGAGUUUGUUUCCAGCAGGAUCAGAGUCGUGUCGCAACUUGGUUUCAUGGUAUAAUUUCUCGUGAGGAGGCGGAAAAUUUGUUGGGCAGCGUUGGAAGUUUCUUGGUCCGUGUUAGUGAGAGGAUCUUUGGAUAUGUUCUCUCCUACCGAAGCCAAGAAGGAUUCAAACAUUUCCUUAUUGAUACCACAGACAACUGCUACAUGCUGCUAGGAGACCAGAUCAAGUUCAGUUCGCUGGGAGAGCUGGUGGAGUACCAUCAGGAGGAGCCUUUAACUUCAUCUGGAGGAGAGCGGCUGCUGCAUGCAUGUGGACAGAAAGCUGGCACUCUGGACUAUGCUGAACUCUUUAUCUGAGCCCCAGCCACUGCUUAGCGAGACGAUGUGCACCCUGGCCACCCUGGCUUGUCAGGGCUUUUUGCACAAAUGGAUGCCCUGAUGUUCAUUAAACUCUGAGGGACUGUAGGUUGAACAAACCUACAGUAUGUUUGUCAUAUUGCCUUUGCAGAUGCUACAAUUAGCAUCUUGCUUCAAAAAUCCACAAUCUGAGUAACUCUACAUGACAAAAACAUUUUCAGUUCUACUGCAGCCUUGACAGAUUUCAAAAGUCACCCCGAUGCACUUUAUAAUAUCGGACUGGAUUGUGAAGGUCUUACUUUUAUAAAUGCAGUAUUCCAUUGGCCUUAAAGUGACCUAUUUACACAGAAAUGUAAUUAGUUUGGAACAGUUCAGUUUCAAAAAGCAGUAGUAUUGACAUGUUUUCACUUUCUUUUACCAUUAGCUAACUGGACACCCCUGAGUUAUUGGUUUAUUAUAUGCUAUAAUAAUCAUAAUCAUAAAACCGUAGUGGACAGGAUUCACCAUGGGCUUAUUUCCUCUAAAUAGCAUCUGUUCUGACCAAAGCUAAUUAAGUAUGCAAACACUAAUGAAUGCGCUUGUGCCAGUAUUGCACUAUAUGAAGGCAAAGCAUAAUGCACUUUUUAGGGAAAAAGACUGUACCAUCAAUAAGUGUUUACAGCAAACACGUGAUCCUAACGUGGGAGUGCUAACUGAAAGAAUGGUGUUUAGUAGUUAAUAAAAGGAGUUUUAACUGA